AUGGUGCUCCACCAAUAUGACUACAUCUUUGCCAUUGGCACGCUGUUUGCCAUGCUGGAUGCCUUCAACAACGGUGCAAACGAUGUGGCCAACGCCUGGGCUACUAGUGUCUCCUCCCGCUCCGUCAGCUACCGGCAAGCCAUGAUCUUCGGUACCUUCUUCGAAAUGUUGGGUGCCAUCACCGUCGGUGCUCGGACGGCCGAUACCAUCAAGAACGGCAUCAUCCCCAACUCGGCCUUCCGCGGCGAUGCCGGUGUACAAAUGCUCGCUUUCACUUGCGCCCUUGCCGCGGCCUCGUCCUGGGUGAUGUGGUGUACCAAGCAUUCAGCCCACGUCUCGUCCACCUACUCGCUCAUCUCCGCUGUGGCCGGUGUCGGUGUUGCAACCGUCGGCGCGUCCAAGGUGCAGUGGGGAUGGAACGACGGAAAGGGUCUGGGAGCCAUCUUCGCGGGUCUGGGUAUGGCUCCGGCCAUCUCCGCCGCCUUUGGUGCCAUUAUCUUCAUGCUCAUCAAGGUGGUUGUGCACAUGCGCCGGAACCCUCUCCCCUGGGCCGUCUACAGCUCUCCUUUCUUCUUCCUCAUCGCCGCCACCGUCUGUACCCUGUCGAUCGUCUACAAGGGCUCGCCCAGUCUCGGUCUGAGCAAGAAGCCUGCCUGGUACAUUGCUGCGGUGACCAUGGGUACCGGUGGCGGUGUGGCCCUGUUCGCUGCCAUCUUCUUUGUCCCCUUUGUGCGUGCUCGCGUUCUCAAGCGCGAUCAAGGUGUCAAGUGGUGGAUGUUCAUCUUCGGACCCAUGCUCUACCAGCGUCCGGACCCCGUCGGUGCUGAGCGCGCCAUCGUCCCCGACUAUGCCGUCGUCCAGGAGGACCACGACGAGCAACCUUCCCCAGCCCUAACCGAAAACACCCUGGCUGAGAUCGACGGCAAGGGCCCGAGCCCGGACAUUGAACCGAUCAGCUCGCCCGCCCUCUCCGCCAACCUCGAGAAGGGCCGUGUCGCCGACGAGGCUCAGCAGCUCAGCUACAAGGAACUCAUGGCCCAAUCGGACAAGCGCCUCAACGCCCGACUGCUCACGAAGCGGGGACCUCUGGGCUGGGCCAUGCGCACCCUCCGCGACAACCCCAUGGGCGCCGGUCAGAUCUACGAGCUGCACAACAUCCGCAUCCUCGCCAAACGCAUCCCCGCCACCAUCGUCGCCGGACUUCUGUACGGCAUGCACUACGACAUCCAUGCCGCCCAGUCCGGGAUCCACGGUACCCCCGAGGGUGACCGUAUGGAGCGCGUGUACGCCCACGCUAAGAAGUACCCCAACGAGGUCGAGCACACCUACUCCUUCAUCCAGGUCCUGACCGCUUGCACGGCGUCCUUCGCCCACGGCGCCAACGACAUCGGUAACUCGGUCGGCCCCUGGGCGGUCAUCUACUCGGCCUGGAAGACCGGCAACGCGGCGGCAUCCAAGGCGCCGGUGCCUGUGUGGCAGCUGGCGGUCCUGUCCGGCUGUAUCUCCAUUGGUCUGAUCACAUACGGCUACAACAUCAUGAAGGUCAUGGGUAACAAGAUCACCUACCACUCCCCCAGCCGCGGCUGCUCCAUGGAAAUGGGCGCCGCCAUCACCGUCCUCGUCUUCUCGCAGUACUCGCUGCCCGUCUCGACCUCGAUGUGCAUCACCGGUGCCACGGUCGGUGUCGGUCUGUGCAAUGGCACCUUCAAGGCUGUCAACUUCCAGCGGGUGGGAUUGUUGGUGCUGGCUUGGAUCAUGACCAUCCCUAUUGCCGGUACCCUGGGUGGUAUUCUCAUGGGUCUCUUCCUCAAUGCUCCCCACUUCUCUUCAUAA